AUGCCCUGUUGCCCUCCCCAUCCCCAUCUGCUUCCCGCUCCUCCUCCUCAUCUCCUGAGCCCCCUCCAUCCAAAAAACUCAACAAACCAGUGUCUCCAAGUCGGCCGGUGGAUGGGCCGCACUGGUGGUGUCCUAUGCAAUGUCAACCAGGCCUUCCAGGUUGCUGUCUAUACCUCCCUCAAGGAUAGCAGCACGUUAGGGGCUUUGAGUUCAGACCUCAAAGAAGAAGUAUGCAGAAUGAGUGAGGGUGAGCUCAAAUGGCACUCAGACCUGUUCGAGCUCAUCAAAGAACACUUCUCUUAUGUCUAUGGUCUCUUCACGAACCCCAAGAAGGUUUCUGAGCUCACAGAACACACUCAAUAUAUUCAGACCAUGGUCCAGCGCACGAGAUCCAAUGACUAUAAUGGCUGGAAGGCUGUCAUUGGUCAGUACGCUGCUGAAGAUCUUGAAUACCCGCUUUUGCCGUUUAUCAAUGAUAAGACACCACGUGAACGGAUGGGCUUCAACCAUAGGCAGCUUGCACGUCUCCUUGUUCCCGCAAAAUACAUUACCCUUUACAAAGAAAACCCAGCCAAACAUUGCAAAGCAAUGGCAGAGGCUCAAGGUGAUAUUCCAGUGAACGCAUCUGGAAUUCCAGCAUUCAUGUACAAGGGUAAACCUCCGGGUGCUAGUUAUGACCAAAAGAAUGUUAUAGGUGGGUUUGGCUUAGGAUUUAUUGUUACUCGAUUCUUAAAGCACCUCCUUAUUGGACCAUCUGCCACUCUCAAAUCAAAACCUGUCCCCCCUGAUGUUUGUAGCAACUGUGCAUUGAUGGUAACCCACAAGGUCAUGCCGGAACACCUGUCGUAUGUCAUGCUUGGGAUUCACUCCGCCAUGUCAAGUGUAAGCCGAUGGCCUGCCCAAGAUGGAGAUUACAACUGGGAGCUCAUGCAUAGGAAGCUCUUAGAGUUUCUAUGA